AUGGUCGUGGCGCGGCGGCAGGAUUCGGCGCGGGAGCGCGUGGUGCGAUCGCGUCGCGUCGCGCUCGUAGCGGCCAUUCCGGUGGCACUCGUGGCGCUAAUCCUCUUCGUCUUCGUCCUCACCCCCGCUUCCGACAACGACAACGGCUCCCCUACCCUAAUCGGCGCGCACGGCAGAUCCUCCGGCCAUGGCGGAAGCGCGUCGGAUCGCGAGGUUCCGUCACGCGACGGGAGAAUAAUUAACAUGCGCGAGCAGGGGAAGUCGACGGCGAUUAAGAUGGUGGCGGGCGGUGAAAGUGGCGCCAGUGGCGGUGGUGCGGAGAGCGCGGGGGACACGUAUGCUGUUGUGGUUGACGCCGUGAGCGCGGAGAGCAGCAGCGUCCACGUGUACAGAUUUGAUUCGCGGAUGGAGCUGGGGGAGAUUCAGAAAGGGUUUGAAGAGGUGCAUUCGGUGAAACCCGGGCUGGCCGCAUACUGGGAUAAUGUCACAGCAGCAGCAAACAGCCUGCGACCGCUGAUGAAGAAGGCACUUAAAGCCGUGCCCGAGUUCACUCGACCAGUCACACCCAUUCUUGUCAGGGCCAUUGGAGGGCAGGGAUUGCUCCCAGGUGAUCAAGCAGACAAGAUCCUAGCAGAGAUCCGCCAAAUGCUGACGGAGUACCCUUUCCCAUUCACCCAUGGUGACGUCAGCACGCUUGAUGACACUGACGAGGGCUUCUUUGCCUGGACAGCUGUGAACCAUCUCCUGGGCAACCUGGGCAAGCACCAGGGAAAGCACCUGAAAAACCACCUGGAGUCAACAGUGGCAGUGGUGGGCCUGGGGAAUACCAGCAUCCACGUGACAUAUGCAGUUCCUUCUGACGUUGCGGAUAAGGUGCCAGCUGGAUACGUGAGGACGUUAAACGGUUGGGGAAGCAACCACCAUGUCUACGUGCGCAGCAUGCAGGGCUAUGGGCUAAUGGCAGGGAGAGCAAUGGUGCUGCGGGCAAGUAACGACACCCAGGGCCAUCCAUGCAUGCCCAUGGGCUCUCGUGGCGCAUCCAAGCCCAGCAGCGACGCCACUGCUGCCUCUUUGCGUGCAGCCCUGUGCUCCUCCCUCACCCUUCAAGCACUCCAGGCAGCGGCAGCAGCAAACGCCAGCACCACCAGCACAAGCAGCAGCAGCAGCACCAGCAGCAGCGCUGACAAGCACCCAGCAUCUGCCCAUCCACCUGUGUGUCCGCAAGGGCGGGCGUGCUUGCUGCCUGGCACGCUGGAUGGGCCGUGGGGUGCGCGCAAAGGAGGCAGAGGAGGAGAGGGCGUGGUUCAGAUUUUUGUUGCCACCUCGGGAAUCUUCCACGCGGCACAACAGUUCGGGUUAAUCCCUCACAGCAAUUCUACCGCAGAAACCACGUCAGCAACCAUCACGGCUCAACACUUUGCUCGGAUAGCAGAGGAAGCAUGCGACAUUCCCCUGCAGGAAUUCACCAGGAAGUUUCCGCUGAUGAACGGCCAGGAUGCGCCGUACGCCUGUCUGGAUGCGAGCUACCUCUUCCACCUCAUCACCUCGGGAUUAGGCCUGGAACCCACAGACCCGCUCACGCCUGUGAGCCAGCAGCCUCACAAUGCCCCGUUUACCACGGCAGCAGCAUGGCACUAUGGUGCUGCUGUCAGCACAGCCAUGCAUGCUGAUGCCUACGCCGUAUUCUGA